AUGAGGCCAGUGAGGACUGUCCUCUCCCGAGGCCAUUUGCUCCUCGUGCUGGUCCUGGCGGUGCUCCUGCUUGAUGACACCUAUGGCGAGGAUUUGAUUUUUCACCCGGAGUGGGAGUUUGACUCCUAUGAAAUCACCAUCCCCAAGAAACUGAGCUUCCGGGGAGGGGAGCAGGCUGUGGCCAACCACGUGUCCUACCUCCUGCAGGUAAAAGGCGAGAAGCAUGUCCUUCACCUGUGGCCCAAGAGGUUUCUGUUGCCCCGACAUCUGCCGGUUUUCUCCUACACAGACGAGGGGGAGCUCCUGGAAGACUACCCUUACAUACCCAGGGACUGCAACUACGUGGGCUUCAUAGAAGGACUGGAGGAUUCUGAAGCUACUGUCAGUACAUGCACCGGGAGGCUCCGGGGCGUAUUGAAGAUUGAUGCCGAACAUUACCAGAUCGAGCCCCUUAAGGCCUCCUCCACUUUUGAACACGUGGUAUACCUUCUGAAGAACGAGGAGGAAUUUCAAGAUCAGAUCUGUGGCGUAACUGAAGAGGAAAUCGAAAAGCAGAUGAAGCAGCCUGAGAACAUGGUGAGCAUGAGGAGUUUUAUUCGACCUUCUGUGCACCAAAAGUACCUGGAAUUAGCCCUGAUCUUUGAUCGUGAGAGAUAUUUGUAUUCAAAGUCCAAUAUUACUUUAGUCACAAAUGAUGCCCUUCUCCUGACUUCGAUUAUGGACACUUACUUUCAGGAACUCAAUGUGAGAAUACAACUGAGCUCACUUGAAGUAUGGUCAGAUAAAGACAAAGUAAAUAUUGCUUAUUCAACAUUACAGGAAGCUUUAGGCCAAUUUUUGAUAUACCAAAGAAAUGUACUAAGUCGUAAUAUUAACAUCGAUUGGUCUCAACUCUACGUUAAAAGACGUUACAGAGAUGCCCUGGCGUGGUCCUGGGGGAAAGUGUGUACUCAGACAUAUGCCGGGUCUAUAAGUGUUUUUUUAGAUGAUUCUGUCCUUGGACCUGCCACCUGGGGUGCUCACAACCUGGGCCAUAGUAUGGGGAUGGUACAUGACGACAAAUCCUGCAGAUGUAAGGGUCGGCGUAGUUGCAUCAUGGGAACUGGCCGAAAUGGGUUUAGUAAUUGUAGUGUUGUCCAGUUCUUUAACCACGUACGUAGAGAAGCAAACUGUCUCAAUAAUAUCCCAAAACAACAAUUUGUGUUUAAGAGAUGUGGCAACAAAAUUGUGGAAGACGAUGAGGAAUGUGACUGUGGUUCGUUAGAGGACUGUGAAAGAGACCACUGUUGUGAACCAGGCUGUAAAUUCAAAGACGGUGCCAACUGCAGCACUGGGCUUUGCUGUCAUAACUGUCAGUUUCGUCCUUCUGGGUACGUGUGUCGGAAGGAAGAAAAUGAAUGUGACCUUGCAGAAUACUGCAAUGGGGCCUCAGGUGUCUGCCCAACUGACAUGUAUAAGCAGGAUGGAACCCCGUGCAAGUACGAAGCCCGUUGUUUCAGGAAGGGCUGUCGAUCCACAUACAUGCAGUGCCAAAGCAUUUUUGGACCAGAUGCCAGGGAGGCUCCUAUCCAGUGCUAUGAAGCAGUAAAUUUAAUAGGCGAUCAAUAUGGGAACUGUGGCCUAUUGAAAACUGGCUCCUAUAAAAAAUGUACCAAGAGACAUGCAAUAUGUGGCAGGGUACAGUGUAUAAAUGUCAGAACCCUCCCUGAUAUGCCAGAUCUUACUAAUGUAAUUUCUACUCAUCUCAAGGAUGAAAAGCUCAUGUGCUGGGGCACAGGCUACCAUCAGUCCUUGAUACCCACGGGGAUUCCUGACGUGGGUGCAGUGUAUGAUGGGACCUCCUGUGGAACGGGCCGGGUAUGUUUGAACACAACUUGUAUAAACAGUUCAGUGCUGGAUUUUGACUGUCUACCUGAGAAGUGCAACCACAGAGGCUUUUGCAACAACAAUAAGAACUGCCACUGCAGGUACGGCUGGGCGCCACCCUUCUGCGAGGACGCCGGGUUUGGAGGGAGCGUGGACAGCGGGCCGCCGGGGAUGCUGCAGCUGGAGGUGUUCGACCCCAUCCAGAUCGUGUCCCUUAUGUCACUGCGCCUUGUUUUGUUAUUCAUCUCAGUGAUUAUUGUGCUUUUUAGACAACCUAUAGGAAAUUACUUAAAACCCGAACAAAAUGAAACACCACCGAGUAACACUGGAGUUCAGGAAACACCACUGAGUAACACUGGAGUUCAGGAAAUACCACCGAGCAACACUGGAGUUCAGAAAACACCACCGAGUAACACUGGAGUUAAGAAAACGCCACUGCCUAAAACUAAGGUUGAAACACCCAAGGCAAAAAAUAUUAAAACUACCAAAAAGAAAUCAGGAAAUACAUAA